AUGAUCAUUCUUGUCGACAGCUGCAGUAUUUGUCCCAGCAACUUGACUGGUACCAAGUCCAGUCAGUUCAGUAGGAGUUUGCACUUUUACAGGGAACAAGCAACUGAAGCUGUAGAGCAUGACCCAUCCUGGCUAGGUUUUUUGGGUGGGGGAACCAACAAACUGAAAAGUUGUAUUUGGAAAAGGGUACGGUGUAGCUCUGUUUUUGGGCUGCAUACAAUUUCAUUUCUAGAAAUAGAAGGCAAUUAUUUUGUGAAUGCUUGUUACUUAGAUUACAAUAGCAAGAUCCAACAUUGCAACAGCAGAUACAGUGAGACUUCACCUCCUCCCCCUGUAGCCCAUCAAUGUGCUCCAACCCUCAACAGCAUGUUUGAGGGGAGUGAAAUGGCAGAACUGUUUUCAUGUGCAAGUCCACUGACACCCCAUGUGGUCAAACAAUUAUCACUGUUUUUCUAUGAAGAGCUAAUUUAA